UCUUCCGGCGCCGGCGGUGCUUCCUAGCGCCCGCUCUUGCGGCAUGCUGCGGCCGGGCUGCGGGCUGACACGGCUGUGGCCGGGCUGUGGCGUCCGGGCCAGUUCACGGCUGCAGCGCGGCGGCGAGAUGCCCAAGAAGGCGGGAGCGACGGGCAAGGGUAAAAGCCAGGGCAAGGACCAAGAGAAGCCGCUUCCUCCCUCGGGCCCCGUGGCCGUGGACCCCCAGGGUCGUGUCACCAUCGCCAUCCACGCCAAGCCCGGCGCCAAGCAGAACGCCGUGACAGAUCUGGCAGCCGAGGCCGUGCACGUGGCUAUCGCGGCACCCCCGGCAGAGGGCGAGGCCAACGCGGAGCUCUGUCGGUAUCUGUCCAGGGUGCUGGAGCUCAGGAGGAGUGACGUGGUGUUAGACAAGGGCGGUAAAUCUCGUGAGAAGGUGGUGAAGCUCUUGGCCUCCACAACUCCAGAUGAGAUCCUGGGGAAAUUAAAACAGGAAGCUGAAAAGCAAUGAGAGCAAGCAGUGAAAUUCCAUCCUGAUAAGCAGACUAUUAAAUGGGAAAAAAGCGCACAAAAGAACGUGGAGGAAACAGGUUUGUAAGACUCAGAAGAGCACAGGAGCUUUCAGAUCACUUCAUGAGGAGCGCAGGUUCUGGAAUCCCUGACUGACCUGGACUGGUUACUUAGAGUCCGUGGCCUUCACCACAGAGCAGCAGAAACGCGCUAAGGAGUUGCUGCUUGACCCCUUCCACGCGCACGGGG